UCCACAACUCUCCAGUCCAGCCCACAAGCGCAGACAUCAACAAGAGACGCCGUAGUCCUGUUUGAAAACACAAACCCUGUACGGAAUACUACUUUUGUUUUCGCCAACUUUUCACAACUUUGGACGAUGUUUGGCUUCCACAAGCCAAAAAUGUACAGGAGUUUGGACGGCUGCUGCAUCUGCCGCGCAAAGUCGUCCAGCUCUCGCUUCACUGACAGCAAGCGUUACGAGAAAGAUUUCAGGAGCUGUUUCGGAUUGAGCGAAAUGCGAUCUGGAGAGAUCUGCAACGCUUGUGUGCUCCUGGUGAAGCGAUGGAAAAAGCUACCGGUGGGAACCAAGAAGAACUGGAAUCAUGUGGUCGAUGCUCGAGGUGGUCCUAGUCUAAAGUUGACCUCCAGGCCCAAGAAGAUCAAGUCCAUUACCAAGAAAGCCCGUCCAAGCCAGAUCAACAGGCUGCAGAAAGAGCUCAAAAGAAACAAUUCCGACGCCCACAGCACCACAUCCAGCGCUUCCCCGGCUCAGUCUCCCAGCUACAGCAACUUGUCCGACGACGGCUCCGACACUGAGCUGAGCCGACACGGGUCUGGCCGCUCGCCUGUCUUCUCCUUCCUGGACCUCACCUACUGGAAGAGACAAAAGGUGUGCUGCGGAAUCAUCUACAAGGGUCGCUUCGGUGAGGUUCUGAUCGACCCCCACCUGUUCAAGCCGUGCUGUCGCAAGAAGCAGCAGCAACAGCAGCAGCGGCAAGAGGAGGAGGAUGAAGAAGAGGAAGAGGAUGAUGACGACGACGUGGAGGAGGAAGAGGUGGAAGUCGAGGGGGGCCUGGAGGGAGGUGUGCCCGUCAGCCGGGUGACAUCCCCGUCCGAGGAGGAGCAGCAGGUGAAGGAGACAGCAGCGGCAGCGGUGGCGGCAGAUCAGCUACGUGUCACCGUGGUGACAACAUCAGAAGAAGGCUGGUAAAGUCGCAAAGGUCUCCUGCACACGUCUCCACCGUCCUCCUCGAGCACUUGCAAGGCGCCUCACAACGCCUUCGGUGAUGUAAAGCAGCUGAAAAUCUUCUGGUCUUCUCCGUCACAAUGCUGGAGAUUUGUUUUCUGUAAUAGAGCAGUGUUUCCCAACCUUUAUUGAGCCAAGGCAUAUAGUUUACAAUAUUAAAUAAAUAAAUAAAAUAAAUAAAAAAGUACACUACCAAACAAAAAACGUAAACAAAUGAAAUACACAGGUUAAUUAUAUACCUUCUUUCGUUGUUCUGCCUGUUACCAUAUGUCAUUGGCAUAGAUAGAUAAAUGUAUAUAUAUAUUACUUUUGGUGAAUGAAUAUGAAUUUUCAGGUCAAUGAAGUGAAAUUGGAUCAUUUCCUGUGACACACCAAAUGAUAUGUAGGGUUCCAAAGGGGGUGUACAUUUUCCAGUAAAGUUCCCCAAAGUUUCCGGUAAAUCUCCAGGAGUAGUUCAACUGGGAAAUUUCAGAAAUCUUGCAGUUUGGAAAGUUUCUGUCCAAAU